AAAAAAAAGCUCGUCUGUCUUCCUCUCCAAGUCCACCACCGUGGAACCGCCAGAUCGCCUCCCCCGACGGCGACGUGGCGGCAGCGCGCGGCCAUUCCCCCUUCCUCUUUCUGAUUUUCUCCCCCCAAAGUGCUUGAAUAAUCACACUUUACCCCCCACUACACGUGUCACUCUGUCGUUGGCUACCGCCUCCCUUUUAUCCCUCCGCUCCCUUCUCUCUCUCUCUCAUCUCCUUUUCCCCCCCUUCUCUCUUAAUUCCCCCUCAUCUCUCUCUCUCCCUUCCGAUUCCCCGAUCCAUGGACUCGGCGGACGAGGAAAAAGACCAGCAACUCGACCGAGACGACUCGCUCUCCGAUCUGGCCUCCUCCGCGAGCUCGUCGAGCGCGCUAUCCGCUCUCUGGACGGAAGAUUCCUCCCGCAGCGGCAGCGCCAGCUCCUUCGACAUCGGGAGCUCCGGCGAGAUUCCCCUCUCCGAGAUCGAAUUCGCCGCGGCGGCGGCGACGACGAUGGAGGUUUCGGCGGCGGCGAGGGAGAAGUGCGUCGGCCGGAAGAACAACAGAGCGGUGAGCUGGGGAUCCACUUCCGUGAUCGGGAGGCGGCGCGAGAUGGAGGACGCCGUCGCCAUUGUCCCCGGGUUCAUCUCCCGUACCUGCAGCCGCAUCGGCGGGUGCGCCGCUCCCGGCUCCAUAACCUCCGGCGAGGUCUCUCCCGUCCAUUUCUUCGGCGUUUACGACGGCCACGGCGGCGCUCAGGUGGCGGAUUUCUGCAAGGAGAGGAUGCAUCAUGUGAUAGCAGAGGAGUACUGGGAUCGGGAAACGGGCGCCGGCGGCGGUGGGUAUGGGGAGGCCGAUGAUCAGUGGCGGAGAAGGUGGGAAGCUACGUUCACCGGCGGGUUCGGGAAGGCCGACGACGAGAUCCUGGCUGAAGCGGUGGCACCGGAGAUCGUCGGGUCGACGGCUUUGGUUGUGGUGCUCUCCUGUUGCCAGAUUAUUACGUCCAACUGUGGGGAUUCCCGUGCAUUGCUCUGCCGUGGGACGCAAGCUAUCCCAUUGAGCGUUGAUCAGAAGCCGGACAGAGAAGAUGAACUGAAGAGGAUUGAAGAUGCAGGAGGGAAGGUGUUUAACUGGAAUGGUGCUCGAGUGCUUGGAGUCCUUGCCAUGUCCAGAGCCAUAGGCGACCGGCACCUGAGGCCGUAUGUAAUUCCGGUGCCGGAGAUCACAUUCACGGCAAGGAGGGAGGAUGACGAGUGCUUGAUCGCGGCAAGCGACGGGCUGUGGGAUGUCAUGACGAACGACGAGGUCGGGGAGGUGGCCCGGAGAGUGCUAAGAAGGUGGCGCCGAGCGCCGGCGUCGUCCAGCAACAGUAACAUCACGGCGGCGCAAGCGGUGGCUGACAGCCUCACCGAGAUGGCGUACGGCAGGAAUAGCUCCGACAACAUCUCCAUCGUUGUGGUCGAUCUCAAACCCAAGAGACGGCGGGCGGUGCCUGCAAGGGCGCCCGAGCCGCCGCCAUGAAUACAUCAUUAAUCACCGUUCCUAUCACUCUAAUUGGUAAUCUUCUUUUUUUUAAUUUCUUUCAAAAAUUUGUUAAUUGGGUGGAAGAUUAAUCAAGCUUCCAAGAAAUUUGUGGAAGACAGAGUAAUAGCUAGUCAGCCGUAUAUAGUACAUAUAUAUACCAUUGUUCCCUUUUCAUGUGUUAUGACAUGAAAUGAAGAAGGAAGAUGGUAUUCUCUUUGGCAAAGAGGGCCAAGCUAAUUACUAGCUUGAUCGAGAUUUAUGGCAAGAGGUUGUGAAUCUCUCGACUAAGUACUUGAUUUGGAGGAGGAGGCAUGCAAAUUGAAUGUAAUGUAAAUGUGUGCAUAAAUAGGACAAAUUCGAUGUCGGCAUCGUUCUAACAUUUGGUUUACAGACUAUCCCUAACGAUUACUAACCAGAGCGUAUUAAUACUAUCAACAAUUCUGGUUAUUGAAAAUUACAGGAUGAUAACUAAAUUCUACUAACUACUUAGAUAUCUUGUACAUGUCAGAAGAGGAGGAGGGUGAAGAGCGAUGUCAGGGUUUCUUGUCAUAUAUGUAACUCAUAUACCUAGAGUCUUAAACAUUAUAUGGGGUGUGAUAUAUAAUUUAACAAAAUUAUGAAUUAUCAUUAAGCCAACUCAUAAAACAUAUAUUGAUUCGCUAAUAAGCCGGUUAUCAAGUUGG